GCUUUCCCCUGAUCUCCAGCCUUCAGCUCCAGCUCUCAGUCUCAGUGCUGCAUGAGAGAGGGAGGAGGAGGAGAGGAGGACACUUCCCUCUCCAGCAGCAGCAGCAUACGCGAGGAAUGCGCUUCACCGCCUUAGGGGACUGGAUGGAUGGAGCGACAGGGUCAUGAAGGUGCCCGCAACCUCUGGGUUGGAUUUAGGGGGCCGUUACCGCAGAAGGAGACCAUCCAUAAUUAAUAAGAGCGAGCCGGAGAUCCUAGAACCGAAGCGCAAGCUGCACCGGCGAGUCAUGUCACCAACUGACAGCGCUUCCAGAGGAGCUGACGAGGAGGACAAAGGAGGAUGAAGGAGGCAGAGGUGGAUUAUAAUGAAGCUGAGUGGCAAAGGACUGUGCACCAUCGUCUCCAGCAGUCUGCUCUUCGUGUGCGCCGUGAGCGCGGUGGUCGUGGGAUUCAAAUGCAUUGCGCUGGGCUCCGGGGUGCGAGCGCACUUCCACCUGGCCACCGCGGCCGGCGCCUUCUACUCGGGCAUCCUGGUGGCUCUCGGACAGGUCCUGAUGGGGGUGGCGCUGGUCUUUUGCCGGGGCAAGCCCAGAUGCGCCAAUUUCUUCCUCUUUGGGAUCUUAGUGUUUCUGUUGGGGGUCCUCACGGCGUUCUCGGGCGCGGUGGUGGACGGAGACACGGUGUCCCUGGUGGAGAGGAAGUACGCGCACUAUUGCCAGGACUCUGUGGAUGUAAACCCGGCGUGCGACCGGCUCAAGGUGUACCAGCGGGGUCUGGUGGUCUCCACCGUCCUUAAUACUUUGGAGUGCAUCUUGGGGCUGAUGAACCUGGUGAUCAUUAAGCGUUACCAAGCGGCGCAGUUUCACCGGAGACGCCGGGCGCAGCGGCAGAGCGCGCGCAUCAUCCUGAAUGAGGAGCGCGACUUCGCGGUCACGGAGUUCCAGCCGGUUUCCUACAUCAACCUAGGGGUGUUUCACGCGUUGGACGAGACGGACGGGGAGGUGCAAAGUCGGGGCCACCCGUCUAUGGAGCUGCCGGGCUAUUCGCCCUCGAACCCGGAGCUAAAUCACACGUACCCGUUUUCCUACCCGCUUCACAACGAGUUGCCACCCGCGUACGAGGACAUAUUCCCCGGGGAAACGAGCGGCAAAUAGCGCGGGGACAGAGUUGCAGUUUUGCACUGACAAUCACGCAUUCGGCACGCCGAACUUGGAGUCGACACCGUUAUUUCGGUGAGACGGCGACCAGCUGUUGCCUAAUGUACUUUUUUUUUUAUCCAUCCGAGGUUUUAGCCAACACUGGAAAUCCUACAGGCGGCGAACACACGUUCAUAAACGAUCCAGUGAGAAGGUAAACGUACGGAAGGGAUUAAGUAUUCAUGCAACAUUUGCUUUUCCACCCUCUUGACUGGCUCCUGAUUGUAUUCUCGGUUCAUCCCUUGUCAAAAUCCCAAAGGUUUGUGUACAGGAUUCCUAAUCGGAAGUUCGGACCUAUCCUAAAGGAUUCUGAUUUUCUUACAGUAUUCCAGCAGGGCACAAAAACAAAAGAAGUUACCAAUAUAUGAGAAGGUAAACCGUACUGAAAGUUUGCUUGAAGUAUACAUGCAACAUUUUGUUUUUGAUUGAUUGAUUGUAUUCCGAAUUCAUCCCUAGUCAAAUUCCUGCACGCAUGUGUACAGGAUUCCCAUGGAAAUUGAUAUAAUUGAGAAGCAAACCCUAAGGAUUUGGUUUAUAGCAUUGAAACACAAAAGGUAAACAUACUGAAAUAAUACAUCUGCUUGCUUACAUUCUCAGUUCAUUCCUAUGUGAAACUUACGUUACACUCUUAAAAAUAAAGGUUCUUAACCAGCUUUGAUGGUUCCAUAAAGAACAUUUACUUUGCUUCCAUCAAUCUUUUAAUUCCAAAAACAUUAAGGUGAAAAACAUAUUUUAGAUUAUGAAAUGUCUCCUCACACAAUGGCUAACUAGUUUCACUUAAAAGUUCUUUAAUGACAUCGAGAAAACCCCUCUUGAACCCCUUCAACAAAAACACAAUGAUAACGUUUUAUCCUACAUUUUUAGAACAUUCCAUUAAUAACAUAAUGGUAACGUUUAUAAUUCUAACGUUUUUAAAACAUU